AUGCAGAAGAGAGUCCUAGACUAUGACACAGACAGGAACCAGGAAGUGACCACCUAUGGGGGCUGCAAGCCCUGCUGCUCUUCAGGCUGCGGGUCUUCCUGCUGUCAAUCCAGCUGCUGCAAACCCUGCUGCUGUCAGUCCAGCUGUUGCAAGCCCUGCUGCUGCCAGUCCAGCUGUUGCAAGCCCUGCUGCUGUCAGUCCAGCUGUUGCAAGCCCUGCUGCUGUCAGUCCAGCUGCUGCAAACCCUGCUGCUGUCAGUCCAGCUGUUGCAAGCCUUGUUGCUGCCAGUCCAGCUGUUGCAAACCCUGCUGCUGUCAAUCUAGCUGCUGCAAGCCCUGCUGCUCUUCAGGCUGUGGGUCUUCCUGUUGCCAGUCUAGCUGCUGUAAGCCCUGCUGCUGCCAGUCUAGCUGUUGCAAGCCCUGCUGCUGUGAGUCCAGCUGCUGCAAACCCUGCUGCUGUCAGUCCAGCUGUUGCAAGCCCUGCUGCUGUCAGUCCAGCUGUUGCAAGCCCUGCUGCUGUCAGUCCAGCUGCUGCAAGCCCUGCUGCUCCUCAGGCUGUGGGUCUUCCUGCUGCUAG